UUCCACCACACCACACUCCGCGUUUUUCGCGCGCGCCCGCGUGUGCACCGUGCAUGUGAUUGCGUGGUGCGAGUGCGUGUGUGCGUGUGUUGACUGUGUGCCCGUACGUACGGCCGUACUCGACGCAACAAUACUGUUCAUGACACCACCGCCGUCGGUCUGGGUCCGUCUCGUUCCGGCACCACCGGCAUCGCGCUCGCACAGAAUACAAAUACCGUCACAAUAUCCCCCGGCGUGUAGCCGAGCCCGGACGUCCCCAACGUCUCCGCGCUCCUUGCCCGGCCGAACAGUGACCAUUUAACCUGUCACGUCUGUUGUGUACAGACGCGAAGCGAACACAACAGUACCGUCUCGUCGUCGUUGUCUUUACAGUCGGCGUUAUAACACGCCAAUCCGAAGGCCGCCGUGCGGGAAACGACGACACCGCGACCCAGUAGUUACGAAUCGCCAGACCGACCGUGCCGACCAAAUAGGCACUCGCUCACCGGUCGUCUCUCCAGGGCCCACUGGUCUCUCGCAAGACGCCGCUGUUAGAGUAUGUCCGUCAAAGACGGGCCAAUCGUUAAAAUGGAUGUUGAUUGUCCGUCAACGCUCAAGAGGUGCAACAGCGCCCCCAUGAUUAACGACAUGGGCGCUUCAAUGCCAGGAUUACCGUGCAUGCCUAUGAUGUCCAGGUACGCAUCGUGCCACUUAUAUUAAUAAUAAAUCGCACCCCUCUCGGAUUCCGUCUAAUGCUAGUCCCGUAUUGUAAAAUCGCAUAGUUUAGGUAAAUUUAGUCUAUCCGAACAAUGACUGUGUUGCCUUUUAUUCCUGGUUUGGUUUAGGAAUGACAGUUGUUUUAGUCCAACUAUACCAGGUAAAUUUGUUACGUACUGUUUUUUAAACGGUUAUACAAAUGGCAAAAGUAAUUAGGUAAUCUUGUGUUGUUGCCAUUUUUUUUUAAAUUGAAUUCUAUUUUGUUACAGAGAAGCUCCGUGUAACAUAUUUAUCCGUGCACCACGCUUCCGUAGAUUUAGCACAAGUGGAAGUCCUCAUAUUACAUUUCCAAAUGUAAGCGUUUCAGUAAGUAUCAAUGAACUGAUUACUGUAAACUGAAUAUUUGAUUACACCUACAUCUUUUAAUUUUUUUUCAUAGACUAAAAUCAAUUAUUAAGUACUUAUAUAUUAAGACCAAUUUAUUAAAAAGGCAUUUUUUUUUUUUUUUAAGAAUAAGAAUUUGAUUUUAUUAAAUACAGUAAUACCUCUAUUGAUGGAUACAUCUCAAUAGUGAACACUUUUAAAUUCCCAUAUGUACAUAUUACAUACGUAUGUAUAUUUUGAAUAAUACAAAAAUCCUAUGACAUUCCCUCCAAAAUAUUAUUCUCUAUAAAUUUUAUAAUAAGUACUUUUGCUUUAAAAUCAAAAUUAAACUAGUUUUACUUAUUCUGCAAAAGCAUUGUUUUUCCACUAUGUAGAGAUUUCACUGUACUUACCUAAUGUUAAGUACAUUCAAUAAUAUUGUAUUUUGUGUGGAAACUAUCGAUUUUUCUUUUAUUCUUUUAUGUGUGUAGGUAGGUAGGUAUAGAAUUCUUAUUCUCAAACAUUUAUUAGUAUUAAUAUGGGAAUGAUUAUAAAAACAUUUAACAAGAAAGGUGAAAAUAAAUCAGAAUUGAUACAUUUUUUUUAAAAUAGCAUUACUUUGAGAAUUUAACAAUCACUAUUAGAUACAUAUUUUAAUAGAAUGAUUACAUCUAUUUCAUGUGACUGAUAAAACCAUUUAUUUAAUUUGUAUUAAGUUACAUAUUUUGCAUAGGUAACAUUAUAUUUGACAAAUUACAAAGGUUGUAUUAUACUUCAUGAAUUAUGCCUUCAUUUUGUGUCAAUAUCUAAGUAUUUAGUUUUAAAUUUAAUACAAAUAAUCUUAACUUCUACUUAUUUAUUUCAGACUUCACCAAAAUUAGUUCAUAGAGUCAACCAGCUGCGACAGGAAGAAACAGCCGAUUUGAUUAACCGAGAGGUUGCACAUGAAAGAGAAGUACACUCUGCAAUGCAAAUAUCACAGUCUUGGGAAGAUUUAUCGAUCAUGAUAGAUUCUCCAUCAAAAGUAAUCUUAUAGUCUGUAGAAAAUUUUCAAAAACUGUUCAACAACUCACUAAAAAAUAUUUUAUUAAUUUUGCCCAAUGACUAACUUUUGAAUUAACAACAAAUAUAAAACCAACUAUACUAAUAAAAUAUGAGUAUAAAUACCUAAUUAAAUAUAUUAAUUCUUCAAAAUAUUUAACUUAUUUCCAUUGAAAUUUUUUACACUAUGAUUUUUAAAUAUAAAUAAUAAUACUGUUGUGCUACUUAAUAAAUUAAUUAAAAAUACUAUUGCAAAAAACUAAUUCUUUUUAAUCUUUUUUUUUUUAGGCAGAUGAUGGACAAUUUGGUAAACAAUCUAACGCUCACUAUGGUAGAUCUAAUUUAUAUGAUCCUUUGCAUUUAAAUUUUUCAAUGAACUCUGCUCCAUCAUCACCAUCACCUACGAGGUCCAUGAGACAUUGUGUAUCACCAUCUCUUUUUAAACCAAACUUAUCGCCUAGUCCUACGCGUAAAACAUUUACAUCUGGGUAAUUAUAUUAUCUGAAAUAUUUAACCAAACCUGAAAAGGACAAUGCACCCAUAUUUACUGUCUUGGUCAAAGUAACAGGGUACCAAGUACUAAAAGAACACUUUUUCAGCAAAAGCCACUAAAAGUUAUUUAAAAAAAAAUAUUAGUUUUCAAGUAUCUUCAAGCCUCACUAUGUAUAAUUUAAUAGAUAUUGGUAUUUGUAAUAUUCAGACUAUAAUGCAUUUAAGCCGGGUUCACACAGAUUCGUAAACUGGGCGAGAAUACUACUGUUAGGAGAGUUAGUCGUGAUCACUACCUGGUGUGAACUGGUUGUCGUGGUAGUAGGAGUUGUCAACGACCAAAAAUAGAUCGGUCUUGAUUAAUUCGGAAUGUUGGAGUGAACACGACCAGUUUAGUUGUGAAACACCCACCAAAUGGGAAGUACAAUAAACAACUAGCUAUUGCCUUUCAGACACUAAUUUGUGUGAACUGGAGGUCUUAUAUUAUUGGUCGUGAAAAUCAAGCAGUCGUGAGACAUACACAGACCGAGUAGUAUUCACGAACAGUUUGCGACUCCGUGUCAACUCGGCUUUAUAAACAGUUAAGAAAUAAAUACUCUGAGAAAGUUUAUUUGAUCUCUAUAUUUCUAUUUUUCAUUAUUUUGAUGAAUUUCGAAGUAGAGUGAAAGAUAUAUUAUAAGCAUUAAAUUUAAUACAUUAAAUGUUCUUGUCAUAAAACGUUUAAAAUAUGUCACAGAAUAUUGCUUAAAAUUAAUUUUAAUAAAACACCCAUCCCCGGCUAAGAAAUUCAUAUCAAAAAUUCCGUUCUAAGUUUAGUUCUUCCAUUUUCAAAACUGUUAUUAGUUGCACAGAUAUUUUUAGUAAUUUUACUACAAAUUUCCUAAAUAUUAUAUUUUAUAGGCCUAAUACAUUAAAAUUACUAGUUCUUACUCUCAUUAAUAGAAUUUACAAAAAUUGCAUUUCGCAAAAGAUAAGUUGCUAAGUAAUAUGGUUUGUGACAUGAAUACUAUUUUUAAAAAAGAUAAUUUUUGUAAUGACAAAAAUUAUCUUUUAAAUAAUAUUGUUUUAAGUGAUUUAUUUACUUGUAGUCUUUUAAAUAAACUUAAAAAAAAUAGAAAAAUCUGAAUUUUCAUAAAAUCAUAUAAUAUAUUGUAAAUAUUUUGUCAAGAAGGCUUCUGUUCUAUUCAAUAAUUCAUUAUUAAAAUUUAUGAGAUUUCUUCAAGCAGCUGAUUGAUAAAAAAAAAAAAAACUAAAGUAAUUAUGUUAAGGGAACCCUCAGAGGUAUACUCUGUUCCAAAAGAACAUACCGGGUAACAACCAGUUUUCGUUUGGAGGCAGGCAUCCCCACCAGGUACAACUGAUCACACACCAAACAUGCUACAAACCAAUUACUCUCUGUGAACUGGCAUACUGAUUGUGUCAAAUACCACUUAAUUUUUGAGAUGGUGGUGGCAAUAGUAACCAACACCAUUUUGGUGUUGGUUUGAGAAAAACAAAAUCAUUUCAAAUCGAAACUAUUUAUUACUAUAGCAGGUUAACCUACGUUGUGUUUGAUAUUAUACAAGUUUAGUUUUGUAUCCAUGUAUCCAAUUUUAACCGAGACCCGUUUCUGUAUAAUCUAUAGGUAUUGCGCGAAAACAUUUUACCUGAUCAUAUGCGCAUAAAGAAUAAGAUGAUUGUUAAAAGUGUCACAAUUUUCAAUAGACAGUACAUGUACACAGGCAGUUGUCUAAAUAACCGCCCGAGAGAUGAUAAACAGUUUACACAGAUCGAUGCAAAACCUGCGGAUUUAAUAACGCGCGCGUGUUCGAUCAAAUACCACUUAAUUUUUGAGACAGUGGUGGUGAUAGUAACCAACACCAAUUUGGUGGUAUUUAACACAAUUAGCAUGCCAGUUCACAGAAAGUAAUUGGUUUGUAGCAUGUUCGGUGUGUGAUCAGUUGUACCUGGUGGGGGUAGUCGUUACCCGGUAUGUUCUCUUUUGGAACAGAGAAAGAAAAACACUGAAAGUUAACUAACAUUUUUAAUUCAAAUAGUUAUUACUUGUUUUUUUUUUUUUUUAAUUAUUAUGGAAUCAUUAAAUUUUUAUUUUGUUUUUCCCCUUUUUAAUAUACCUUAUUUAAGUGUAUGCUCUUGUUUUAUGAAUAGAGAAUAUUUUUCUAGACAUUUUGAUAAUAUCACUAAUAUUAGAUUUACUGUUUAUGAGUUAUAACCAUUUAAAGUUAAGUCCUAAGAAGUAGGGAAUGGCCCUCCCAUCCUCAGAAAAUUGCUGAUUCAUGAUAAAAAAAUGCACUCAUUUUAAAAAAAAAAAAAAAAAACAAUAUUUAAGUUUGAAAUAUUAUAAAUACCAACUAAAUAUCAAAAAUAAAUUUGAUUUCACAUCAGCCCAUGUUGUUAUAGAUAGAUUUCCAAAUUUAUUUCACUAUUAAAUAAUUAUUUAAUCAUUUUUUUUUAAAAUUGUAAUCCAUUCCUGGUUCCAAAAUGCUUUUUUGGUUUGGUUAACUUUAAUUUCCGUGCUUAGUAAGCACGUUUUAGACUUAAUAAUAAUUAAUUUAAUAUAGUUUAUGUUUUAGACGAAGCUUAAGUCCAAUUUCUAUGCGUCCCAGCAGUUUAGGACCUGUUAAGAGAAAAUGUGAAAUGGAUGACUACGAGCCACAUCCAAAGAAAUGGGGGUUAUUGAUUACCAAUAAUAGGUUUGUAAAAUUCUUUAUAUCAUAAAAUAUAUAUUCGUUAUAGUCCUUAUUUUGCCAAAUUCAAAAUUUUCUUUAGUUCACCCACCUAUCUUGAGCUGGUUAAUAAAAAAAUAUAUAUAUUCUCUAAGUUUGAGGCCAUUUGUAUAAUAUUUACAGCAAAAAAAUUGCUUGAAGUCAAUGAAAAUAGUGUGCAAAUGACCACAGUUCAUUUAGAAUUGUUUUUUUUUUUAUUAAAAAUAAAAAACCUAUUUUAAUCCUAAGGUCUUAAUGUAUUUCUUGAUAGAUAGAUAUUUAUAAAUAUAGAUUAGAUUGUCCAAGAGUUUCAUGUGAAAUGAAUAACUAUAGUAGAACCUUGAUAAGUCGAAAUUCAUGGAAAAUGCAAUUUUGAAUAUGGAGGUUUUUGAGUUAUCAAGGGUUGAAGAAAAAACAUUGACUUAGAGGUUUUAAAAUGUAUCUAAGUAUUAUAGUUAAAUUAUUAUUAUUGACUAGCUCUAGCUAUCCCUUGCCAAUUUUUUCCAUUAUUCCCGUAUUGGUUUACUUGUAUCAGAAAAUAGGUUGAGUAGUCCAAUGGACUGUGUUCUAUAAUCUGUCUAGAGAGAACGGGCCGCUUGUGCGCAUGUUUUCCCCCUCCACAUAACUUGAUUUCAGCGAAGGCAGCUGAUUGUCAUUGUUUCCAUUUUUGAUUAUACACCUCUAGGAUAUUCUGUAGAAAUUCAAUUGUUAUUAUUAUCAGACAUCGCACGUUUUUUUACCUUUGCUGUUUUAUAACCUCUUGAUAAUUUUUCAAAUCGUAUAUACAAGCACCUUCUAUAAUAAUCCAGACUUUGUUUUUUUUGUAUACAUAUUUAUUUAUUUAAUAUUUUAUUGAACACUGUAGGUAUAAUACAGAGUUAUAUAUUUAAUAAAUAAUAAAUAAUUAUAUUAAAACAUUUCAUUUUUUUCGUUAAAAUUACAAUUUAUCAUUUUUGUCAUAUUUACAUAAUUUUUUUUAAAUAAUUAAAAAAAACGGAGAAAAAAGUAAAAAUUACCAAACGGUUUAAAAAAGUAAAUGCUGUAAAAAUGAUGUGUACCUACACCACGGCAAUUGGCGAUGCAGCGCUGUCAAUAGAUCCGGGAGGGGAUAAAUGGAUAGUGUUGCCGCGUGAGGAUACGCAGUAGCGAUUCGAUUUGGUCGGAGAGCGGCCCGCCCAUUCUCUCCAGAGACAGACUUUAGUGUGUCAUACUGUUUUUCAUCCAUGUUACCAUAGAUUGUCUAACUGAUGUGCUUUAUUGUCAAUUCUUCAUCUCACUUUUUUGUGGUAAAUAUGAUAAAUGUCCUUUAACAACUGCAUCGUUAUGAUAAAAUUACUUUUUACUUUCAAAAAAUUGAAUUAUUGUCCCCUCAUAAUUCACUUAGACAAGCAAAAGACUCUAUAUUAUCAGUAUAUGAUCAUUUUGGCAUUGAAAAAAAAAACAAUAGAAUAAAUAGACUUACAAUGGAGAAAUAUUGUUUUUCAAAAAUUGGAAAAAAAUAAAUCUGCUGUAGAAUUUUGGUCUUAAAUUAACAAUUUCAUUGAUACUGCUGGACUCUAUGGCAGACAAAGACUACAUCUAUCAUAGAUUAAAUAGACAACUAAGAAAAAUGUUUAUAAUCUUAGUGCAAUGGUAUAUAGAGUUCAAAUCCCAGAUAUCAUAAAUAAAUUUAUGCAAUUUUUUUAUUUAUUCAGUUGACUUUUUAGACAUUUUCUUUCAUAAAAAUCUUGCCCUGACAAAUUAAGAAUACAACAAAAAAAAAAAAAAAUCAGAAAAAAUCUGUCAAGCCAUUCUCACAUGAUGUGAUGACCAAGGGAAAUGGGGAUUCAUUUUUACAUAUAUAGAUUAAUUUAUUAAUUUUAUUAAUUAGUAUUAAAAUUAAAUAUUUAAUUUAAAAAAAAAGUACAAUAAUAAAUAAGAUUAGGAUAAAUUAUGGGACACAUAAGUGACACAUGAUUAUAAAAAUGAUUUAUCUAUAUUUGGAAUACAUAAUGUUCGAGUUGUGUAUAGAUAUUCUUUCAGUAAUCAUGGUUUUCUUAAUGGAACAUCAUUUAUUUCCAUUUAUUGAGGUUCCACUGUUUGUCUAUAUUAAUAGUUAAACUUAGUAAUAUUAAUAAAGUAUAAUCAAUUCGCAUCUCACAAUAACUCGUUCUUAAAUAUUGAAAAAUUUGACAAUUCAAAUUUAUUUCCACCCUCUUAAAAUUCUUGUAAAACUCUCGAAUAUAAAAUAUUAAUAAAUAACUUAACUGUAACGAUAAACAGCUUAUAAACUUCUAAUUUUCUUCAAUUAACAUAUCCCAAUGUAUCAAUAAAAGAUAUUAAGAUUUUAGGAUUAAAAUAGGUAUUUUAUUUUUAAUUAAAAAAACAACAUGAACAGAUCUGUGUGAUUUGUACACUAUUUUCAUUGAUUUCAUAUAGUUCAUUUUGAUAUUAAAUUAAAAUAUUAAAAUGCUUUGCACCUCUAUCAAAUAUUAUCCAAAUGGCCUCAAACUUUGAGGAUAUUUUGUUCACUAUUCAGCACAAGAUAGGCAGAUAUCCUAAAAAAUAUUUUGAAAUGGUAAAAUAAGGACCACCAUAAAUGUAUUUCUUUAGUUUAAGAUGAAAUAAAAUCUAAGAUAAUGGUGAUGGAUGCAGCCACUGUUAUAGGUGAUUUAAUGUAUACCUGUAAGCAACAAUAUUAACCAUUGCUUACAAAAAAUGUUUCUGAGUGAAAUUCAGUUGAUUAUGAUGCUUUUUCAACAAUAUAUGUCAUUUUAUAGUAAAACUUAAUAAACUUUAUAUAUUUUCUUUAAUAAUAUUUGUUUAAUGUUAUACCGAUUUUCCUAAAGAAAAUUUGUGCACAAUAAAAAGGGCGUAAUAUAUUUUAACUAGUACCUACAUUUCUUAUAUUUUCCAAUUUUUUUUUUCGGUUUUUUAAAUUUGAUGAAGAAACUCCUGAGAAAAUUAAAAAAUGAUCUCUCUAAAGUACCUCUCUAGGGAAAUUUACUUUUAAAAACAUUGUUAUCAUUAUAAGUUGAAGCAAAUUUACUGGUAGAAAAGUUGUGCUCAGGAAAAGAAAUUAUAAUAUUUUAGUUAUAUAUUUGGUAUAUUUUCCUGUUUUUUGUGUAUUGUGUAUUUUUUUUUUCUGACUUUAAACAACUUUUCUCUUAAAAAUUUGCUUCAAUUAAAAUAGAUGAGACCUUUUUUGUUAAUUUAAUUUUUUAAAUUUUAGACCUGAAGCAAUGCAAAUGAGUGGUAUUGUUCCUACAACAAUGGAUGCAUCUUUAGUUACAGAUUCCAUAUGUAGUAGCAGCGGAGAUUCCUCAAACAGUAACCAUUCAUAUUCCUUUAGACCAUUGCAAAGUCUUAUGGAUCAAUCAAAAAGUAAUUCCCAAUGAAAUGUUAAACCAAUAUUAAGAUAUAUAGUUUCACUUAUUUUUGUUGAUCCCUUUUUUUUUUUUUGCUAUUAUUAUUAUCAUUACAAUAAUUGCAAUUAUUAUUACUAUUAUUAUUAUUAUCAUUAUUGUUAUCUGAAUUAUUAUCAUGACCUUAUGUUAAAAACUUUUCAAAUCCCUUAAAAAUACUUUUGUUGUAAUAAAAAUUUGUUGUUAACUAGUCUUUGUACAUAAGUUAGCAUUUAAUAUUGAUUUUUGAUAAUAACAAAAUUUCGUAUCAGUUUACUUAACAUCAGUUUGGAAUUUUGUUGUGGUCAAUUAAAUAUAAGUAAUGCAAUAUUAUUUUUUUAAUUUUUUAUGAUUUUAAAUUACCUCAAUUAUACUAUAUGUUUCUAAAUUCAUUAGAUUGGUAUGCUGCUGUACUUAAUAUUUCCCAAUUAUAAUUGUUAACUAAUGUGUAUAUUGUUUUGUAUAGAAUAACAUAUUUUCCAGAUAGUUAUGAUAAAAACUUAACCACCACCAAAAAAAAAUACAAUGAUAAUUUAAAAAUGUAAACAAAUACCUAAGAAUCUUAAGUCCAAAUAUGUUGUUCUAAUUUUCUAAAAGAUCAUGCAUAUAUGGGAUAUUGUUUAAUACAGGGUGUCCUACAGUUUUAUCCAAAUGCUAAUAAUUUUGUCAAUAUUCAUUUUUUUAAUGUUUUUCACUCAGGUUUUGAGGGAAGCAUAUAUAGAGAACAUUUUUUUAUUAAUAAUCUUUAUUUUUUUUUCAGCUAUUAAGGGAUGAAAAUAAAAAUUUAAUUUUUCUGUACUUUUGUAUCUUGCACAAAACCCUGAAAAAUAAUUGAACAAUGACAGUUAUUAGCAUUUGGAUAACACUAUAUUUUAUUUUUUUAUAAUUAUUGAAAAUAUUUUUUUAACAAUUACAAAUGAAUUAAAACAGUAUAUAUGAACUAUUAUACAGUGGCACAUAUAAUUUCUUAAAAUAUAUUUAACUCAAAUAUAAAAUAAUAAGUACAUCAAGUUAUUGUCGAGAAAACCAAAAUACUUUAAUUUUUAUAUUAAUAUGUGAAUCAUAUGUACUUGGAAUUUCAAUGAUGAUAAUUUAUUUAGAUAAAAAAUUAAAAUCCAGGAUAAUGUUUGAUCAAAAUGUAAAAAUUACUGUUCCUAAAUAAUCAAUCUGCUACAUUGAUAGAAUACAAGAUGAAUUUAGGAACAUAUAGAUACCCUUAAGAGGAUGUCACGCCUGCAUUUAAUGUCUCAGUCUAACUAAUGGUCAACAUGGCAAAUAUAUAUUACUUGCAUAACAUAAAUUAUGUUAUUAAAAUUCAAAUUAUUAAAGCUGAAACACAAACAACAAAAAUUAUAGAUGAGACUAUUUUUCAAGGGCUGUGAGUAACUUGUUUCAAAUAAGUUACAGUUGUUUUAAAACUGCUCUUUUAAAACCAAAGUAGAUGUGACAUCCCUUUAAAAAUCAUAAUUUAUUUAUACAAUUUAUAUAAUUCAUUGUUAAUUUAAUUAUAACUUCUAUUGGACUGUCUAUAAUGUGAUAUAAUGUGAUAUUUAUUAAUUUUACAUUAUUUUAUUUAUUACGUACCUAUUGUCGUAAUGGAUAUUAACAUAAAAAUAAAUAUUAUUUAUGAUUAAUUAUGUUAUUCCUGAAAAGUAAAAACAUAUUAUAAAUAAUGCAAUGUAAUAGAAAUAACUAUUUUAUUAUAAUUAACAAAUUUUAUACCAAGUAAUAGGCCAUGGGAUUAUAUGCAUCUAAAAAAUGUCAAAUAUAAUCGAAAAAAAAAUUAUCUAUAUAUACAUCAUGUUAUACUAGACCAAAAAUGAUUGAAAAAGACUAAGAAUAUUUCUGUGUUAUGUGUUAUCUAAUUUUUAAUCUUAGAGACCAUUUAGUAUUUAAGUGCAAUAAAAAGAAUAAAAACCUUUUUGUGGUUAAGAAUGAUGUUUGACCAUUAACAAUAUAAAUGUAAUAUUAAAUGAAUUUAGUCAAUUAUAAG